CUGUAAUUAUGCAGAUUGCCCUUUAAUAGUUGAGCUGUAUUAUCGUCUCCCACCAGCAGCGGUGCUGCUGGCGCUAGCGCUGCACUAACAAAUCCAUUUCUAUCGUCGCCACCAGCCGCACAGGCUGGCCAGCCGAUAAUUGAUCUGUUCGGUGCCGCGUCGGCGCAGCCCGCUGCUGCUGCAGCAGCCACCAAGGCCUCUGACGAUCUGCUGCAGUUGGGAAAUCCUUUCGCCGACAUGUUUGAAGCCAGCGGCGGCGGCGGCGGAGCUGCCGCUGCAGGAGCCACAGGUGCUGCACUCAAUGCCAAUAAUUUGUGGAUGCAUAAUAAUGGUAGCAUGUUAUAAUUUUCAUAUUAUUUCGUCCUAAGUUUUCAAGUAGCGAUUAUGAUUUGAAUUACGUUUAUUCUGUGCUGUACAUAGGUAACAGUCGGUGUGUAAGUGUAGUGAUCCUACAUGUUUAUAUUGUCGUAUAAGAGCUAUGAGGAGCGCACUUAUCCGGCGCUCUAGACGCCGGAUAGUUGUAGCUUCAACACUUGACAAAUUCUUUCAAAUACUUCUUUAAUGAAUUUUUUAACUAAAAAAUUCAACACUUCCUUCGGAUAUAAUAUCGCAUAAGGCUUAUUCCUCCAUGCAGAGUUUCUGUGUGAGAAUUUUUUAUCAACAAGUUUGAUAAUUGGCAUUCAUGGAAUUAAAGGAUGCUUUAUUUUAAGUUCUGCACCGGAGUUUUGUAGUCUCCCUCCCACUCGAAGAACACUGUUCUUAUCCAAAAUGGAUUUAACGACAAUGUUUAGAGCAGACCGCCAGCACCUAGUCAAAUGCUCAUAGGUGUGCGCUGCACACGCAGGGCUGUUAUACAGCUUUGCAUGUUUAUUGUUCUUCUUUUUUCUUAUCGCGCUACAUUUGUGGCGUUAUCUAUUCAGCUGAGCUACAGCGAAAACAUGUACAAAAAUUUGAAGUCAAGCUUUCGGCAAGUCAGUUAUACAAAAUCGCUGCAACUCCGAGCACAGCUAAUAAAAUCAAGAAAUAAUUUCAAUUGAACCUAUCGUGCGUUUAAUUUCUAUUUUAAAACUAAAGCGUGGCAUUUUGGUUGUUUUCCCCAUAAACAUUUUAGUGACCCCGACGUGAUAUUCGUCUGAGUCUGCAUGUCGGUUUUUAACAUUGUUUAACAUCGUUUAAGCAAUAACUUAUUUUCGCUGUCGUUUGUUGCAUCUCAGUCACAAACACACGAACACUUUAUGUGCGCGCUGCUGGCCGGCCGUUUGUUUUUUGUUUGAGCAUUUUCGCGCUGUGAAAGAAGCAAAACUGUGUUGUGCUGCGAACAUUAAACAUAAAAGGAAACGCAAUUAAUUGUUGUUAAGCGCGUAUAUUGCAUAAUUGUGUGUAAAUAGCCGUGUAUGUGUAUGGUCACAUACAUUACUUUGCCAAGUCAAUGCGCUGUUGCUAGGCGAAAAUUUCGGUAAAAUGAACAAAAACAAAGUCAAAGUUUCCGUUACGUUGUUGGCGACGGUGCAUUAAUAUUUUCGUGGCAAUAGUCAUAGGGUGAUUUCUGCCCUCUGAAUCCGGUCAGACAAUAAAAAAUGGUUAACCCAGGAGACGCGAUUCAGCCUCAAAAUGAUGGUCCCAGUGACAUCGAGUUUUACCGAGCCAAAGUGCGUUCCGUUUCGCGGCAGUUAAACGCAAUGAAAUAUUACUUAACUGCUGGAGCUAGUGAGCAGUUUGAUGAAUCUGAUGUCCUCGCGCGGCUGGAAUGGGUGAACUCUAUGAACUUGGAAUUCGAUUCUGCACAGACUUCGCUGGAAAAACUGGACUUUUCGGAGAUUAGUAAAGAUACGCGGUUUGAAUUUUCCGCAAUCUUAAUGGAUCUAAAGGCGAAACUAAAUCGGGCCUUAUCAGCUCUGCUCAAACUGCAUUUGCCGGGUUCCACAGCGGCCAAUUCUACAUCCUUUGGUAUUAUAAACAAUGCGGAUCUUUCUUUCAGAUUAAGGAAGCCUCGAUUGCCAAAUCUAGAGAUUGCUCGUUUUCAUGGAUCGUACUCAGAAUGGCCGGACUUUAUUGCAACUUUUACCACGGCACACGUUCAGGCAAUAUUCGGUUUAAAAGGUGUCGAGAAGGGAUCAGCUAAGGGUCUUCGGGAGCUCAGCGAUUGAAUGAAUUCGCAUCUUCGAGCAAUCCGUACCCUGGCCACUACACAACAAAUUCUGGAUGGAUUUCUCAUUCAUAUCGUGACACAAAAACUGGAUCAAAGGACCCGUGAAAAAUGGGAAGAUGAUUUGUCAAUCUCUGAGCUAUCUACCUGCGCUGCUAUGGAGUCGUUCUUGGAGAAGAGGUGCCGGAUGAUGAAAAACUUGGACCAAGCUGUGGGAAUUCAAACACCACACCAUCAGAAAACGAUGAACAUUUUGAGGUGCUAACGCAAACGCAUUUCCUCAAAGGUUCCAGCUACACAAGGUUGCCUGAGUCUGACGUUACUCAUCUUCGCGAAGGCCGGUUAAGCAGUUGGCAAAGAAUAACACAAAAGCAGCAGCACUUCUGGAAAAGAUGGAGCAGAGAGUAUUUGUCCCUGUUGCAAGAACGCAGCAAAUGGCGGAUAAACACCUAGUGA